AUGGCGAACCUCAUCCGCUCAGCAAAAUCCGGUAGCGAUUGGACGCAAGGUGAUCUUGAUGCAUAUAACAUCUACGUGACACCCCAGGAUACCGCUACUUUCUUCGGCAUACUUGUUCUUCCAGAGCCUCGAGUCCCAGAGGAGAUUCUCAACGUUCAUGAGGCCGAUGACAUGAUGAACGAUGAGAAUGCCAGGCUCAUCGAUCUUCUCGAUGUCGCCAUGCUUCCUCCUGCCCGUGAAAGUGAAGAGUCCGCUGUAGAUGACUUUGUGGUUGAACUGUUUAGACUUCUUGGCUACGUUGGUCGUCGCAGAUACGCUCGUACCCGCAAGGAUCUCUUUCUUCCCAUCUGCGGUGAAACCAGACAUGCCAAGACAGACGUCUGCAUUGUCGAUCGUUUACGCAACCAUAUACUUCUCCUUGUCCAAGAAGACAAACGUCAUGGGGAGCAUUCCUCUUUCGCUGACACAGAGGCACGACUCAUUGUCGAGGGCAUCGCUGCAUUUGUGUACAAUAAUGAGGCUAGGAGAGCCAGUGGCUUACCUGAGCUCCAAGAGAAGAUCAUGGCUGGCAUCAUUAUGGUGGGCACUACCCCGACGUUCUAUAAGGUUCCCGUCACUGCGGACCUGGUUUUCAAUCUUCGCCAUGGUCGGUUUCCCAUCCAGCGCACUGAAGUUUCAGUUUGUUUUGCGCCCGUUGCGAGACAGCACCGUCGUUGGAGUGAAGGCAUGAAACCAUUGGACAACAGACGUACUAUUCUUAGUUGUUAUGAAGCUUUCAAGGCGAUCGCAGAAAUUAACGAUUAG